CCCACCAUCCUAUUAAACAAAUAAUUUCAUAAACCCACCCCACCCUCCACCCACCAAAAUGACAUGGUCCUCACAUAUUUAAUUAUUAAAAUAUCUAUCCAACCCCACUUGAUUUAUUAUUUUAUUUCAUUCAAUUAUUCUUCUUAAUACCCGUGCCCGGCCAAGUGUAUCUCUUAAAAAAAUACGGAGGGAGUAUAUAAUACUUUAUCCGAUUCUGUAUAGUUACAACACUUUGUUUUCACGCUUGUCAAUGCAUAACUUGAAUAAUUGAUAUUUUUAAUUAACAAUAAGUAAAAUUAUAUAAAAAAAUAAUUGGUAUUUGGAAUUUGGAAAGUAUAUAUUACGGAGUAAGACGAAUCUAAUAAGAUCCUAUAUUUAUAUGUUUUUACUUAUAUAGGUUAUAAAAAAUAAACGAACUAGAGUAUGUGAAUAGUACGUGCAAAGUGUUGCAACUACUCCUCCGUCCCAAAAUUAUAGUCCUACUUUUUAAAUAGGGCGUUCCAAAAUUAUAGUCCUGUUGCUAAUUUUGGCUAUUAAAGUCAUCACUUUCUCAUGUACUAUAUUAAUUAAAAAUGCAUUGAAAACCCACACAUAUACUAUAUUCCACCUUCUUAUGUACUAUAUUCUCUUUCCCUUGUACUUUAUUCCAUUUUUCCACGCAACUCAAUCAUCAUUUGUACUUUAUUUCACUUUUUCAUGUACUAUAUUUCAUUUUUCUUAAAAUUCGUAUUUUUAGUCAAACGGAACUAUAAUUAUGGGAUGGAGGGAGUAUAAAGAAACGAAACAAAAACUACCUAUCACUUAUGGUUUCAAAUUUAAAUUUUGACUAAUUUUAGAUUUUGGGGGCUUUUGGUCCUUUGGAUACAUUUUUUUUUGGGUGAGAUUUGCUCCUUUAUUAUGGUUCCAAGUUUAAAUUUUGAUUGAUUUGGAUCAUAUUUUGGUAGUGACAUUGCUCUUUGAUUGAACUAAUUUCUACUUUAUUAAUAAUAUAUUUUUAAUAGUUCAAAUAUUAAAAAUCUUAUCCCGGACAUCAAUCUACUCAGAAGUUCAUUUUAUAGAAUAAAGAUCAUCCGCUCCUAUUUUCCACAAACAAAACCGUAAAAUUGCAAUUAGGCGCCAACCAUUAUCCGUCACAACAACGAGAGAAGAAAACCAAAUGCCAAAGCUGAAAACCCUUCGUUUUGAGGACUAUGAUUUCUUCGUCAAAAGUUCUGUAAUGUCUUCUGAAUUAAACUUCGAUAAAUGCAAUCAAAUAAUUGAGAUUCAUGGAUUCACCAAGCUACGUCGUCUAAAUCGUCGAAAGAUUUCUGCCAACAGUGAUGAUUGUCUUUCAAUGGAUGAAGUCAGUGCUGACCUUGAUGCCCUUCAAUGGCGAGAUUUCAUUGACGACGAAGAUAAUGAUAAUGGAAGCGCCAAUAUGGAGAAGGUUUAUCCCAGAAGAGGGAGAAGAGUGAAGCGAAGAAAGGUGUUUGACCCAGUUCAUUUGACGAAGCCCAGGUCUAAGAUGGCCCAGAGGAGGAGGAUUUUCAGUGGCGGAGGUGGCAGAGCACGGGGAGCUUGUAGGAGUAGUUCGAGGGUGCACAAAAGAAAUGGGAUUUGGUCUCAGGAGAUCAGAUAUGAAGAUGGGAUAUAUAUUGGGUCUUCGAGUCUCUCCAAGACACCGGCAGAUGGGAAUUGGACUGAGUCUGAUGAAAGCAAUUGAAGAAUGGCUUACAAAAAAUGGUGCAGAGUAUGUGUAUAUAGUUACCGAAGAGGACAAUGUUGCCUCUAAAAACAUGUUUACCCUCAAAUGUGAUUAUACAUUAUGGAGUUCUUUGCAUAUAUAUGUUCUUCCUA